AUGCUGCGCCGCGUCUCCACUCUGUGCGCGCUGCGCCAACGCGCAGGCGUCACUGCCAUGGCCGUCGCCGGCGGCCUCUCUGCCAACACGAGCCCGUUUGCCUCCCAGGCAUCCCCCCUGCAGCAGGCACGCUGGGCCUCCUCAGAUGCUGCGGCACCCACGAGCAACAACGCACACCGCACCAACAACAGAAAUAGCAAUGUGCAGAGUCAGCGAGGGCGGCGCGACACGAUGCCGCCGGCCUUCGACAUUGUGCACUGGAACGACGAGGACAUCGCUGCAGGCCACCUGCUGCGCGUGGUGCACCGCGACGGCUUCAUCGUUCUGGACUACCACCGGCAGCGUUCUGUCACCGUCGAACUUCGUGAGGAUGGCAGUCGCGCGGCGAACCCGAACCGCGCGGAGAGGGUGGUGACCGUGACGCUGCCGCCCGUGUACGUGGCGCGCUUCCUCGGGGUGCUGGAGGGGCGCAUGAGCAAGCUGGAGGUGCAGUCGCGCUUCACAAACGCAUCUUUUAUGCCGAAUACAGCGAAGGGAAAGCAUCACUACACUCUUCACUGCACGUCCAUGAAGCCGACCACUGGCCAGAUCCAGACGGUGGACGGCGCCGACGUGCAUGAGGAGACGGUGGAGUGGACGGUUGAGUUCGACGCGGCGGAGUCAUUGAUGCUGCACCGCUUUCUCACGCAGGCCCUCCAUUACAACACCGGCUUUUCCCGCAAAGUGUAG